AUGUCGGGAGCGCGUACCGCGCGGGACAGAAGAUCCCGCCUGGCUCUGUUUCCCCCCCUACCUCCACAUGCACGGCCUACCUCUUACUCCCCGUUCCACUGCUUUCUCUCCAAGUCGUGCCCAUUUAUGGCGCCAUUCCCUCGCCCCCUCCCGUUCCCCCUCCCCGUCCCCUCGCGCCUUACCCUUAUCGCCCUCCUCGCGCUCAUCGCCCUCCUCCGCGAGGCGGAGGCCUACACCGAGCCGCCGAUCCCCGACGGGUGCGUCGCGGAGAUAGCGGAGGUCGACCGGGAGGCCAUGCGCGCGGUGUACGCGGCGCUACCCGAGAUGAUGUUCUUCUGGCACGACGGCAUACCGCAGUACAAGCUGUUCGACGACAACCACAACGUCUCGUACUGUUGCGUUGCGCCCAAGCCCGCUAAUGUGUCGUGCCGCCUCUGGUGCCCGCUCGAGUGCACGCCCGCCGGCCACAUAACGGGCAUUUUUUCCGACCCGAGCCGCCAGGACAUGCCCGGUCCCGGCGGUAGCGGAGGGAGCUGUCCGCCCGGCGCGCUGUCGCCCGCCAUAGGCGACCUCGCGGAGCUCUCGUCGCUGGUUUUCCGCCACUCGUGCCUCGCCGGCGACUUGCCGGACUCCGUCACGCGCCUCCAGAAGCUGACGAAUUUUGAACUGCCCGAAAACAACUUCUCUGGGCCCAUUCCGCCGGGCCUCUUCCGCCUGCCCGCGCUCCGCCACGUGGAUCUGAGCACACUCAGUGACUACCCGGAAUAUCAACUUCAAUAUACAGGUCUGUCGGGGCCCCUUCCCGACGGGCCCGACACGUACUCCCCGUCGCUGGAAGUGGUCUUUUUGUCCGGCAACGCGCUCUCGGGGGAGCUUCCGCGCGCCCUUCUCCGCGCGCCUGCGCUGCGCAUUCUAGACCUGGAGAGCAACAACAUCACGGGGGAACUCCCGGGGGAGGCGGGCGCGUAUUCGCGGAGCAUCAUUCAGCUCAUCCUGCGCAACAACAGCCUGUCCGGCGCCAUACCGGCUGCGCUGGCGGAGAUGACGGCGCUACAGAAACUCGACCUGGGGGAGAACCGUCUAUCCGGCGCGGUGCCCGCGGCGCUGCGCGACUCUGAGUUGCUCAAGGCGCUCGACGAGGUGCGGCUCGACAACAACGCGCUCACCGAGCCGUUCUGCGACGCGCUGCUGCCGGCGCGCGAGCUCUUGCUGGGCUUCAACGACUUCGGGGGCGCGAGCGCCGGGAGCAGCGCCAGCUCGAGCGGCGGCAGAGGUGAGGAGGAAGGGGGGGGCUCUCUGCACGGCUGCGUGCUUCCCGCGAAGCUACAGAGACUCAGCGCGCCGCACGCGGGUCUCUGGGGGAGCGUUCCGCCCGACCUGUUCCUCGCGACAAACCCGACGGCGGGGCGCAGGCCCCAUGGGAAGUGGACUAUCGACAUGGACCUGAGCCACAACAGCCUCUCGGGCAGCCUGAAAGCUUUCACAGUGCUUCCAACCGGUGUAUUCGACCUGUCGCAUAACAACUUUUCCGGAGGUAUUCCCGAGGCGUUUUUCAGCGACUUCUCGCGCGUGGACCUGCGGUUUAACGACCUGCGGGGUCCGCUGUUCGACGCGCGCUGGGAUUCGCGGUCUCUUCUAUGGGUAUAUGAUUGGGACGUGCUGCGCGUGAGCAACAACAGCGCGCACAUGGCGGGCGCCGUGGGCGCGGGGUACCUUCCCCCCCAGGCGCCUGGCGUGCAGGCGUCCGCUGCGGAGACUGCUGCGCUACUGGCGGUGCGCGAUGCGCUCCUGGGACAAACAGUGGGGGAAGCAGCGGGGGGAGCAGCGGGGGUAGCGGGGUUAGUGAACGGCGGAAACGGCUCGUGGGAGGAGAUACUGCGCAGCUGGGACGCGAGCAGCAGCAGCGCUUGUGCCUGGUACGGCGUGGGGUGCACAGCAGACGGACACGUGGACACGCUGCACCUGGAGGGCAACAUCAACGUCACGAUGCAACCCCACGUGGUGACAGAAAUGCCCGCCUGUGAAUACGAGCAGAGCGAAUACGCGUUGAGCUGGCCGUCCUGCGACCUCAGCCGUCCAUUACCUCCGGACAGCGUGCGCUUCUUCCUGCAGGGCCUGCCUGGCGGGAGCAGCAGCAGCAGCAGUGCGAGCGGGAGUCUGUCGGAGGCGUUGGGGCAGCUGACGCAGCUGACCUCUCUACGCAUCUCCGGGCAUGCUCUCUCCGGCGCCGUGCCGCCGUCCCUCUCGCGCCUCUCGCACCUCGUCGCAGUCGACCUCUCCUCCAACCGCCACCUCUCUGGCUCCAUUCCCCCCGCCCUCUUCACACUCGCCUCGCUGCGAGAGCUCUCCCUCCGCGGGAACAACCUCACGGGAGAAGUCCUCCCAACCGCCACUGCAGUAGCAGCAGCAGUGCCGCUGUCACCGAGUUUGGAGAUUCUAGACGUGGGGGAGAACGCCCUCUCGGGGUCCAUUCCAGCCCAGGUGAGUCUUCUCACGGGGCUGACGCGCCUGGCGCUGGACCACAACCGGCUGGACGGCAGCUUGCCAAGGGAGCUCGGCGCGCUCUGGAUGCUCACAGACCUGCACCUGCAGGGGAACGCCCUCCGGGGUGAUGUCUCUGCACUCGCUGCAGCCUUCCCCCCACCUGCUGCUGCCGCUGCUGCUGCCAGCGAUGGCAGUACCGCCGACUCUACUGUCUUGUGGGGUCUCCGCAGGGUGUUUCCGCUGCUGACCCGUCUGGACGUCAGCAGCAACGAGCUCUCAGGCGACGCAGCCACGCUCUUCCCUCUCGACCAAGAAUUCCACACACUGAACUUCUCCAACAACAACCUCACAUGGGGCUCCAGCAGCAACGCCUCCUGGCAUGCCGACUACCUGGACCUCUCACACAACCGCAUCAGCGCGCCACUCCAGGACCUUUUCGGAGACUUAUCAAAGGGGUUUUACUCAACGGUGCUGCGUCUGUCGCACAACCAGCUGUCGGGACCCAUCCCUUCCCCGCUUCUGGGACACAGAGUGACGCACGAGUUGGACCUCUCACGCAACCUGCUCACGGGUUCAAUUCCUGCCAUCGACAACUUGUACUCCAAGACGCUCGAUCUGUCGCACAACCAGCUGACUGGCACCAUUCCCCAACUCGAUGGCACCGACCGUCUCCGCCUCGCCUACUUGGACCUCUCGUCCAAUAAACUCACAGGAAGCAUCUCCAAUGCUCUCGUCGCUGGCCUUACAGCCCUAACCCACCUAAAUAUCUCCAACAACCUGCUCUCCGGCUCGCUGCCCUCCUCGCUCGCUCGUGUCCCUCCCCUCACCCACCUGGACCUCUCAUGCAACAAGCUCAAGGGCUCCCUGCCUACCUUCGGCCAGGGCCAGCAGCGCCGCGGCUAUCUGGACCUCUCCUUCAACGCGUUCAGUGGCAGUGUUGCGGAAAGUAACUUUCCGUGCUCGCAGCAACAGUCAGCCGCUACAACAGGGCUGGCGGGUGCGAGUGGGGCAGAGGUUCGGCUGCACCACAAUGAGCUCACUGGAAGCAUCCCUACUUCCGUCUUCUCCUCGUGCCUCUCGCUGCUUGACCUCUCACACAACCAGCUCUCUGGCCCCAUCCCAAAACCUCCCCAAGGGAACAGCCAGAGCUCCUCCCUCGUCCCCCUCUCCCACUUGGACCUCUCUUCCAAUAAGCUCACAGGAAGCAUCUCUGAUGCUCUUGUCACCGGCCUCACAGCCCUAUCCCACUUGGACCUCUCUGACAACCUGCUCUCAGGUUCGUUGCCGCGCUCGCUCGCCCUCGCCCCCGCGCUCACUGACCUCAACCUCUCACGCAACAAGCUCAAAGGCUCCCUGCCUGCCUUCUGCCAGGGCAAGCAGCGCCUCGCCUCUCUCCUCCUCUCCUCCAACGCGUUCUCCGGCCCCCUCUCCUCCCUCCUCCCCUCCUCCUCCUCCUCCUGCGCCUCCUCCCUCCUCUCCCUCAACGUCUCCACCAACCAGCUCUCCGGCUCGCUCCCCUCGUCCCUCUCGCGCUUCACCACUCUGCACUCCUUGCAGGCGGCGCGCAACCGCAUGAGCGGCAGCAUCCCUGCAGGGCUGGCAUCGCUGACGGCCCUGCAGGAGCUGGAUGUGUCGUGGAGCGGGCUGUCAGGCACCAUCCCUGCUCUGCUGCGUGCUGCUGCCCCCUCCCUGCAAGUGCACCUCGCUGGCAACGCCCUCUCUGGCUCCAUCCCCCCCUCUCUCUCCAACCUGCCCACCUCCUGCUUCCGCCCCGGUAACCCAAAGCUCUGUGGGAAACCCCUGCCUGACUGCAAGAAGCGCGCUACCAAGCCCAGAAAGGGCAGGGUGUAG